AUGCCACGGGAAAUCAUUACCAUCCAGGCAGGCCAGUGCGGCAACCAGAUUGGCGCGCGUUUUUGGGAGCAAUUGUGCCGCGAGCACGGCAUUUCGCCGGACGGCACGUUUUCUCCGACUACCAACACCUCCACUAACGUGGUAGACCGCAAAGAGGUCUUCUUCUACCAAGCUGAUGACACUCGCUAUGUUCCUCGAACGCUGCUACUGGACUUGGAGCCACGUGUCAUCAACUCCACCGCUCUGGAGUCCCCUUAUGCGCGAAUCUACAACCCCGAAAACGUGUACAUGAGCGCCGACGGCUCUGGAGCAGGCAACAUUUUCGCCUGUGGCUAUUCGGCGGCAGCCAAGAUGGCAGACACAUUGUUAGACAUGCUGGAUCGAGAAGCAGACGGAUCGGACUCGUUGGAAGGGUUCAUGCUGCUCCACAGUAUCGCAGGAGGAACAGGUAGCGGAAUGGGCUCGUUUCUGCUGGAACAGAUCCACGACCGGUACCCCAAAAAACUGAUUCAGACGUAUAGCGUGUUCCCGAGCUCGUCCCAGGUCUCCGACGUGGUUGUGCAGCCCUAUAACAGUAUGCUGACUCUGAGACGACUGGCUGAGUAUGCAGACUCGGUGGUGGUUUUGGACAAUGGAGCGCUGGGAAACAUUACGGCGGAGGCUCUGAGAGUGCAAUCGCCGACCUUUGAUCAGACGAACCAGCUGGUGGCAAGCGUCAUGAGCGCCUCUACAAGCACAUUGAGAUACCCAGGAUACAUGCACAAUGAUCUGGCGUGUAUUUUGGCGUCUCUGGUGCCCUUUCCUCGACUGCAUUUCCUGUCUACGGCCUACACUCCGUUUUCAGCCGACGUUUUGGACGCCAAUCCUUCUGGAGGGUCUUUUGCUGUCCGAAAGACCACAGUCCUUGAUAUCAUGAGACGACUACUACAGCCCAAGAACAGAAUGGUAUCUGGCUCUGUUUCUAGACAGUCUCGAUACGUUGCUCUGCUUAAUAUCAUUCAGGGCGAAGAUAUUGACCCUACAGAUGUCCACAAGGCUCUGUUACGAAUCCGAGAACGAAACCUCGCGCCGUUCAUUCCCUCCACUCCUGCCUCUCUGCAGAUUUCUCUUACCAGACGGUCUCCAUACAUUCCCACGUCCAAGUCGCGUGUUUCGGGUCUGUCUCUGGCUAACCACACAUCUAUCACAUCUGUGUUCAAGCGAACCAUGGACCAGUUUGACAAGUUGUAUCGAAGACACGCGUUCUUGGAUCAGUAUAGAAAGGAGGAAAUGUUCAGCGAUGGACUUGGCGAGUUUGACGAGGCCCGCGAGGUGGUCAAUGGUGUCGUUGAGGAAUACAAGGCGUUGGAGCCUUUGGGGGAGUAA